AAGCCUGCUUCUCUCCAUAGCUGACUGUGCCGUCCCUUUACGCGGAGAGCAUUACGCAUCAGUGGACUAUAGAGCGAGGACCCCGCACAGAACCGCACGUUUUCGGCCCAAAAGUCUUUUAGGAAACUUGUAUCGCCCGUCUAUUCCGGACUGCUGUGGACCUAAAGGCAUCCCGCGUUUUCCGGGAAGUCUGGACAACUACUCCUCUUCCCCCCUCUCUUUUUUUUCCCCAUUAUCUUUGGAUCUAUAGCCCCCGAAAGGCGCGCUGCUGUGCUUCAAAAUGCAAGCCGGACGCAAAUCGUGUUGGAGGCAAUUGCAGGCUUCUUUUUUCAGACUGCUAUGUCUUAUCCCCACAGGAUUCCCUGUCCGGAGUGUGGAUAUGCAGCGGGCCACCGACAACAUCACCAUCCGCCAGGGCGACACGGCGAUUAUAAGGUGUUACGUUGAUGACAAAGUGUCCAAGGUGGCCUGGCUCAAUCGAUCCAACAUCAUCUUUGCCGGGCAGGACAAGUGGUCCCUGGACCCCAGAGUAGAUCUGGUCACCAAAGGACAGCUGGAGUACAGCCUGCGCAUACAAAAGGUAGACGUGUAUGAUGAGGGGUCAUACACCUGCUCCAUUCAGACUAAACAGCAGCCCAAGACCUCACAGGUCUACCUUAUUGUACAAGUUCCAGCCAACAUCUACAAAGUGUCGGAAGACAUCACAGUGAAUGAGGGCAGUAAUGUGACACUCAGUUGUCUGGCCAGUGGCAGGCCAGACCCUGCAAUUACCUGGCGGCUGCUCAACCCCUCAGCAGAGCCAUUGGACGGAGAAGAGUACCUGGACAUUAUAGGUAUCAUGCGAAACCAAGCGGGUCGUUACGAAUGCAAGGCCAGCAAUGACGUCGCCACACCAGAUGUCAAAUAUGUCAAUGUGGUUGUGAACUACCCUCCGACAAUAAAGAAAACCCAGAACUCAGAGACUCAGGUUGGCCGCAUGGGGACCCUGCAGUGUGACGCCACCGCUGUGCCCACACCAGAGUUUGAAUGGUACAGAGAUGAAAAAAGGCUGUCCAAUGCCCAGGGCAUCAAUAUCCAAAUUCAUGGCACUACCACUGUUCUCAUGAUUGCCAAUGUCACUGAAGAGGAUUAUGGGAACUAUACCUGUGUGGCCUCGAACCGACUGGGCGUCCAGAAUGCCAGCCUUUUCCUCUAUAGACCUGGGACAGGUCGAGAUAUCAGCGGUGCUGCCUGUGUAUCUCAAACACUGUGGCUCCUACUGGCCUCCUUCACCUGCCUUUUCUUCAAGUGUUAAUACCACUGCCCUCCUCUUCCUCAUCUUCCCCCUCCUGGCCUUCCUUCCUUCUCCUCCUCCUUCUCUCCAACUCACCGACAUUCUUAUUGCUACCUUAUUACCAACUUUACCACCCUUCCAGACUGUUUGCAUCAUGAUACGAAAACCUUAUGUGCUCUCAAGCACGGCUUACAGAUAUUACACAAAGCGAUGGGUUAUGAGUAAAAUGUUAGAAGAACAACAACAACAAAAAACAGUGAAAUGAAGGACAGAACAAGCAAACAGGCUCUUUUAAAGAAAUGCAUUGCUAUUUUUAAUUUUUAUGCACUUCUUUUUUCUGCUAUAUCUUGUCUUAGGGGUCUGGAAUGGGUUUGGGAUUUGUUGUAUUUUUGUCUUCAUGGGAGUUAAAGCAGAGGCACCCCACUCACAGGGAUGCCAACAAUCAUUUGUCUCUAGAAUUACUAAAGACAUAAGGUAUAUUUCUUCUUAUGUUAUGUUAACUUAAACUGUAAAUUUAACCAAGUGUUUAACCAGUGCAUUAAUGAGCAACAUACAAAGUAUCUGCCAAAUAUUCAUGUAGAGUUGAAACUAACAAAUACAGAAGUCAAAGGGAGAGUACAGCAGCUGAUUCUGUCUGUAGAACCAUAUGCUGAUGCUACUAGUCUAAAACAUAGAUAUAAAGCAUUAGCAAGGUAUCUCUCCAGUCACUCCGGUUGUUGCCGUCCAGCCAAAAAAUUGAGGAUGCAGUGAAUAAAAUUGACUCGGUCCUACUGAGCUAAACCGUGCAGAGUACAAACCUGAAGAAAUUAGUUUAUCUAGUGGUAGAUAUCUACAUCCUCAUUCAGCGGCUUUGCAACCACCCGCCUUCAUUCCAAAAGAAUUCCUAAUUUCUCUUCAGCAGGACUCUCAGUUAAAAUAAAAAGAAACACAGUAGGUUAUAAUGACGCAUACUGUACAUAGCAAAAUUUUGUAUUUCUCUAUGAUAAGACAACUUGUUCUGCCACUGUAACAACAGGAAAAAGAGGAGAUUGUUGCAGUGUACGUUGCUUGUUCGACAACCAAGCAACCAUACUGUGCAGGUUGUCUCCGCUUCAAGGCAGGUUGCAUCGCGUUUAGAUACAUAUACUGUACAAGGAACAGUGUUUGCUUUUAGAUUAUAAGUUUUAGGAUCAUUAUAAUAUUCUGCUGGAAUUUGGAUUAAAAGAGGCACGACACCAAUGAAUGACUUACUUUUUUGUUUUUUUUCUUUCAAAGAAGAAUGUGUGUUUUAAUAUGAAAUGAUAAAGAAAAAAUUCAUGAUAUAUUCAUAUUGAGGUUA